UAUAACGAAACUUAAUAGUUACUGUUGAUUUCUGACCUUACUCAAUGUUUACGUUACAUGUUGGUUAGAGUUUUGAAGUUGUGUUUGAUUAUAGAAGUUUUUUUCAUAUUUACCCUACUUGAGUUAGUAUUCAAUAUAAACUGCACAAUGGAGAAAGAGUGUCUUCUUGGAUCAAAUGAGUCCGAUUCUGACGAUGAAGAAAAUUACAGUAGCCGUAUUAGAUACAGCACAAUACCGAAGAAAGAAAUCUAUCAGAUACCAUUCUCUGUGUUGGCUAAAUAUAUAAAACGUAGGAACAUUCCAAAACUCAGAGGAGCUCUGAAAGAACGUGAUAUUCAGCUUUCAGACUCAACGGGUUGGACAGUGCUGCAUUUAGCCGCAACCACCAAUGACGUAGAAGUGAUGUCACUACUAUUACGUCACAAACAGUGUUCAGUAUUGCUCAAUCGACAGGAUCAAACAGGCGUUACACCUAUGAUGGCGGCCGUUCAGGCUAACUGUAUGAAUACUCUGGAGCUGAUUUGUAGUCAAGGUGCAGAUUCCACGAAAACCUUGGUUAAGACGGGCGAGACUAUAUUACAUCUGGCCGCCACUAGACCCGAUACCCAGGCCGCUCAGAUCGUGUUACAGUACAACACGUCAUCGAAAAUGAUUAACUAUUUGAAUUACAGAGGUGACACAGCUUUGACUGAUGCAGCACGUGCCGAUUCACCCAUAUUUUACAUUCUGAUGGAUGCAGGUGCUGAUAUAACUGUUAAGAAUCCGGAAAAUGGAAGAACUUUGUUGCACAUUGCCGUAGCAUACAAUCGAAAGCAGAUACUUGAGAGAAUUCUUCAACAUAAAGACGCAAAUUUUGACCUUGCUGAAGUUAAAGAUGUCUCAGGAGAUACGGCACUUAUGAUCGCUGUGAAAUUGCAAAAUCUGGACGCCAUAGCAAUCCUUACAGGUGCUAUCGACAAUCUUACAGGCAUCAAUACAGUGGACCAGGAGUCCGCGCUACAUGUUGCAAUUUCACUCGAUAGAGUGGAUAUUUUGACACAUCUUGUCCAGCACACCUCUUCGAAGUCUGUUGAUUAUUUAGACAAAGAGAAAAGAAAUCCAUUGUUGUAUGCUGCUGAAUUAGACCAUAGAUACUGCUUUGAAAAACUUAUUGAGUUUGGAGUAGAUUUUAGUACAAAAAGCCCAGCCACAGGGGAAACCAUUUUGCACGUAAUAGCAAAACAUCACUGCCAUUAUACAUUGGCUUAUGUAAUCAAACUUCCAUAUAUAGAUUGGUUUUUCACUCAAAAGGACAACUCUGGAAGCACACCCUUCAUGACUGCAAUUUUGAGUGGAAAUGAUAAAUUCCUCAGAGAAUCUUUUAAGAUACGAACAAUAGAUUUUGGUGAAUAUAACGCGGAAGGAGAUACGCCGAUAUACUAUACGGUAAAACACGGGUAUCCCAAAGUCUUAAUGGCCUUACUACUUUCGCCUAAGUAUUAUUCAUUUGCCAAACACAAUGAGAAUAUAUUAGAUUUAGAUGAUCCUUCAGUCAUUUUGAGGGCUGAGAUAAAGGGGGAUAUAUAUGCGACGGAUGUUUAUAUUCUACUUAAAAAGGCAAUUAAACGUCCUUUAGUUGAGUGGUUCCCACACAACUUAGUGAUCAGAUCAAAAUUAGACCGAUCAGUUUUUCAUGCGUGUGCCAUAGCUGGAAGUUUAGAUUGUCUUGAGUUCUUAUAUGAAUUUUAUAAACUAUUUGCUCCAAAAUCCUUUAUAGAAGAUCUUGACAGCAAAGGAAGUGGUGGAAAUACGCCUAUGUUACUAGCUGCGAUGUGUGGACCUGCUUCUGUUUCAUGUUUUAAUUUUUUCGCCACCCACGGAGCAGAUUUGUCUGCAACUAACAAUCAAGGACUAAAUGUAAUUCAUGCUAUAUUCUUAUACAAUCCAAACGCAUCCGAUGUACUAAUGGGCCUAUUUAAUCACUGCGUUUGUGCCAAGAAAGACAAUUACUUUUCGGAAAAGCUCAGCAUCUUGGUGGACUUCAGUCUGCUCUGUCCUUUAAAUCAGAGUCAAUUGAAAAUAGUGAGUCUGCUAUUUGCUGAGACCGAAGAUAAGAAUGACAGGCGCAGAAUAUUGCAACAUCCUGUAAUCAAUCUUUUUCUGAAAAAGAAGUUAUUCAAAGUAAGGAAACUGUUUUACUUUCGCUUUAUCGUUUCAUGCAGUGUGGCUUUGAUUGCUUCUGUAUUAGUUAUGUUAUUAUAUACUGGAGAAGAGAACAAAGAACAGCGAUUUGGACUGCCUGUAAUAUUUGCUAUGAAGACGACUUUUUUCAUGUUGAUCGUAUCUUGUGUCGUUAUCCUAUUAUUCAGAAUAUCAGCGUUCAUGAACAGAGAUGUAUGGUGUAAUGAUGUUAUUCAAGUUAUUCCACCUAUUGCGAUGGGAUUGUUACUUUUGGAAGGCCAAAUGUCUUACUUGGCACCAGAACUAGCUGCGGUAACGAUUCUGUCCUGCUGGUCCUGCGUGCUUUUGAUAAGCAUCAACAUAUAUUCAACUUUUAGCUACGAACUAGCCGUAUUUUUCCGGUUAUUGUUGGACAUUUCACACCAGAUUAUAGUGCUAGCUGCAACUUUGCUUUCAUUCUCCCUAAGCUUCUUUUGUUUGUACCAUGGGCACGAAAUGUUUAACACUUUCUCAAGAACUUUUAUAUACACGUUUACAGUAAUGCUUCCAGGAACCGUUUCAAGAGUACCUACUCUCCAGAAAGACUAUUUUACAAAUACCCCGUACACAAUCCAUUUUUUAACGGAGUGUUUUAUUUUGGCAGCUUUCAUAUUCAUUGCUUUGAUUAGUAUAAUUAAUAUGAUUAUAGAUUUAGCUAUUAAAGGUGGAAAACAUCUUGAAGAAGAUGGAAAUAUCUUUAAGUACCAUCACAUGAUACAUUAUUUGACUGAAGUUGAGUACUGGUGUGGAAAUAAAUUAUACUACUGGUUGGUUAGGAAAGAUAUGUUCAGUAAUAUUAGAAAUUGGAAGAAAAAAGUAUCUAUAGAUUUGUCGUUAGAGCUAUAUGCAGAUGAAGUUAAGGAUAUACGAGAUGAUGAUGAUAUUCGUAAUUUUCGACAUAUUAUACAAAAAAGAAAUACGAUACAAGGUAUUGAAAUAAAAAGAACAGUAUUUCUUCAUCCCUUUGGAUAUUUGCCGGGCGCCGAAAGUGAAUGAUAAAUACUAGAAUCGAUAAGCUAAAUCAAGAUAGCACAUUAAAUCAAAAGUAUAAUCAUGUUGUGUACUACAAUUAAUCUAGAUUCGUCUACAUCUGAGUUUUCUGCAAACACAUACUUUAAUAAAACUUGAUGUAAUUAAAGAUUACAGAUUCAUACAAUAUAA